CCUUGUGUUCCUUUCUUCAGAUCAGUGGAAAUAUGCGUCAAGGAAACCAAACCGCCAUCUCUGAAUUCAUCCUCCUGGGACUCUCCAACCAGGCUGAGCAGCAGAAUCUCCUCUUCGUGCUUUUCCUGUGUAUGUACCUGGUCACUGUGGUUGGGAACGGGCUCAUCAUUCUGGCCAUCAGCUUGGAUCCGUCCCUUCACACCCCCAUGUAUCUCUUCCUCGCCAACCUAUCUUUUGCUGAUAUUUCCUCCAUUUCCAACUCAGUCCCCAAAAUGCUGAUAAACAUUCAGACCAAGAGUCAAUCCAUCUCCUAUGCGAGCUGCAUCACACAGAUGUACUUUUCUAUCGUGUUUGUCGUCAUCGACAAUUUCCUCCUGGGAGCCAUGGCCUACGACCGUUUUGUGGCCAUCUGCCACCCUCUGAGCUAUACGACCAUCAUGCAGCCCAGGCUCUGCAUUUUGCUCACAGUCAUCCCAUGGGUCCUUAGUAACCUUAUUGCUCUGACACACACCCUUCUGCUCAUUCCGCUGCUAUUCUGUGACAGCAACACUCUCCCCCACUUCUUCUGUGACUUGGCCCCUCUGCUGAAACUGUCCUGCUCAGACACCAUGAUCAAUGAGCUUGUGUUAUUUGUUGUGGGCUUAUCAGUUAUCACCUUCCCCUUUGCCCUCAUCUUAUUUUCCUACGUCUGCAUCAUCAGUGCUGUCCUGAGAAUCUCAUCCACAGAGGGAAAGAGGAAAGCCUUCUCCACCUGCAGCUCUCACCUGACGGUUGUAUUACUCUUCUAUGGGACCAUUGUCGGGGUUUACUUUUUCCCCUCAUCUACUCACCCUGAGGACACAGAUAAGAUAGGUGCAGUACUAUUUACUGUGGUGACACCCAUGAUGAACCCCUUCAUCUACACCCUGAGGAACAUGGACAUGAAAGGUGCCCUGAGAAAGCUCAUCAAUACAAAAAGUUCUUCCCUUUGA